GCUACCCAGAAUCUCUUGCCCAUUACCGCUUGUCAAUAACUCUAUCAAAAUGGCCCCCAAGAAGGACGAGAAGCCCGCGACCGCCGAGGCCGGCGCCGAGGCCCCUGCUAAGGCUGAGGCCAAGCCCAAGGCCGAGAAGGCCGCCAAGAAGGCCAAGAAGGAGCCCUCCAAGAAGGCUGCCAAGGAGCCCAAGGGCGAGGGCGAGAAGAAGGACAAGAAGAAGAAGAAGAGCGCUGUGGAGACCUACAAGCUGUACAUCUACAAGGUGCUCAAGCAGGUGCACCCCGACACCGGCAUCAGCAGCAAGGCCAUGUCCAUCAUGAACAGCUUCAUCAACGACAUCUUUGAGAAGGUGGCCACCGAGGCCUCCAAGCUGAGCCGCUACAACAAGAAGCCCACCGUGACCUCCCGCGAGAUCCAGACCGCCGUGCGCCUGGUGCUGCCCGGCGAGCUGGCCAAGCAUGCGGUGUCGGAGGGCACCAAGGCCGUGACCAAGUUCACCUCGGGCUAAGCGCGCUCAGAGGCUGGACCUUGUCUUCAACCCUCUAAACAAAACUCGGUGUUUCUCAACACCACCUUGACACGGGAUACGGGAGGGGAUGGCUGGACAGCAGGUCGCAUGGGGUGAGGGCCACUGAAGCGGAGCGGAGACGAGGGUCUUGAUGCCGAGGGUGGGCAAGGGGCAUGGACAGCACUGAGCACAACCGGUCAGCAAACUUGGGGUGUGGGGUUGGUCGGGCCAGUGCUGUUUGUGUGUUGCCGCACCAAGGCUGUGUGCUCACUGCACAGCGUAACGCACGCGGCGCGUGCCCUCGUGGGUGCCAGGGGAGGUGAUGAUCAUGUUGAGUGUGCACAGUACCGUUCUGGACUGCCCUUGUCUCUCCUGUCUGUACCAACGUGAGCGUCGUGCUCACGAGGCGUAACAGCAUUCAACUUCUGUGUGGAUGGCGAGUGGGGGAGUUGCGCGCGACCAGCGUAGGGCGUCAUGACGCCUUAUGGCAGGGAAUGUGGAGAACCGUAUGGCCAGCACCGAUAUCUCUAU